UCACAAACUAGUCAAGAGCAAAUCUCCAUUCCUAAGCUCUUGUCUCAUUGAUCGCUGGUUUCUACAAGAUUUAAAAAUGCCUACGUAGAUAAGAUGAGUGUAACAAAAAAAGCUCCGUUGGGAAGAGCUACGGGGACCGGCUGUGGCAGACGAGUCUCAGGACAGUCAGACUGACGGGAACUGGUAAACACAUCGACUGAUCAACAUCCAACCUCCAUUCCUCGACAUGUCGUGCCCUGACCUGUGUCCCUGAGUGCUGCUGCAGAAUCCAGUGCCUGAUGCGUUUACUGGCCAGAGCAGGAGUGUAGGCGAGCCAUGUGAGGGCGUGUGGCGGUGGCUGAGACUCUGGGCCCUGGUGUGGGGGCGGCGCCACUCAUGACAACCUGGAGACAAGAUGAUUUAAGUGUGAGAAAAUGUGUCCGCCAUGGUCCCUUUAAAGCCCAUGAAAGAGACAGCUCCCUUUCCUCCAGCAGCCUUCGUGGUCCCCAGCACCUGAGGGUGUUGCUGGUGUGGGAGGUGUGGGGAGCUGUGGCAGCCAUGAUGCGCCUCCGCCGGCCCUCCAGCCUCUUCUGGGCUGUAGCACUCACCUUCAUGUUCUUCCUGUACAUCGCCCUGCCCUCCAGCACCCCAGCAGAGCCCUGCCUGUGUGCCCAGCAGCACAGCCUGCCUCCCAGCAUCCUGCCCAGGACUCACCCUCUGGAUAAGCACAAGUUGGCCCUACUCAUCCCUUUCAGAGAUCGCUUUGAAGAGUUACUCGAGUUUGCUCCAUUUAUUCACAGUUUCCUCAACAAGCAGCACAAAAACCACCACAUCUAUGUUAUAAACCAGGUGGACAACCUUCGCUUCAACCGAGCCUCUCUCCUCAACGUGGGAUUCCUGGAGUCCAGCAUAGACUGUGAUUACAUUGCCAUGCAUGAUGUGGAUCUCCUUCCCCUCAACCCUGAAGUGAGGUACCAGUUUCCUGAAGAAGGUCCAUACCACGUGUCAGCGCCUCACCUCCACCCAAGAUACCACUACCCAACCUUCAUUGGGGGCAUACUGCUGGUCAGGAGGGAGCAUUUCCGGCUUGUGGAUGGCUUGAGCAACAAGUACUGGGGCUGGGGCCUGGAGGAUGAUGAAUUCUAUGCUCGACUCAAGGAAGCCAAACUGGAAAUCUUCCGCCCUGGGAACCUCACCUCAGGCAUAAAAGACACCUUCAAGCAUUUCCAUGACCAGCGGCGACGGCGGCGGGACAUGAUCAAAUGCUACAACCAGCAGGAGGUGACACGCCACCGUGACCGCCACACAGGCCUGUCCACAGUGAAGUACAGCAUCCAGAGCAGGAAAGAGGUGACCAUUGAUGGCGCCCCAAUCACCAUCCUGAACGCCGUGCUGGAGUGCGACAAGCUCACCACGCCCUGGUGUGACUGCACAGAGAGCAUCGGCAACACUCCCAGGUCACAGCUCACUCCGUCAAAAUCAGAAGACGUGAUCGUCCCCAGACUGAAUCGCAAGAAGCACCUCAGUCAUGACGGCUGACUGCCUCCCAUUCCCUUCUGACACCACCAAUUGUGAUGUAAUAAUUAUUGGAUCUUAUUUUUCUCAUAAAGACUAGGUAUUAAUUAUAAAAGCAAGCAAUGUUACAACUAUAACAUUUUAAAUAUAAUUUAACCUACAUAAUAACUACAAGUUGCAUAAUGAUAGUAUUAACUGAUAAAAGGUUGUUGCCUAUAUUCAUAUGUAUAUAUGAUGAAGCCUCACGAAUCAUUUCAGGUUCUUAUGUCACACACUCACGGUUUCUUCGACAAUCCUCAGCUAGGGUCACACAGCUCACGCGCUGUCACUAUCAGCACAGUCACUCUUAGCCAAACACUGGUGCUUGUCUCAAAUGCCAUGUUUCUCAACCCUCCACCAGAAACCAAUAUUUCAAUCAAAGUACUGGCAACAUUUUUUUAUUAUUUUAUUCUUAUCCACCAUUUCCGAUUUUAGAAACAUUAUUAUAUUUACAAGAUGGACACCACAGCUGGUGUGUACAAUUCAACUCAGUUCUCCUUCACAACACAGCAAGGAGUCUGUUACACAGCAUUUAUAUCCUCUUACUUCCAUGAUAUACCAUUUCACAUGUUUCAUAAUUAUCAUGUUUCAUUUCAUACAUAUUCAUUGUCCAUCAUAUUUUGUUGAAAUAUAUUGUGCCAAUUUAUUAUUUUAUCUUUACUUUGUACAAAGUACAAGAUGCUCUGUGGUGCAGCAAGACAGGAAGGACUGCACCACUCAAAGGGUUCGGUGCUCGACUCAUUUAUCAGAUUCCUUUUAGAAGGCGAAGUUUCACAAACUGUAGUUACUUCUCAAGGAUUACUUAUUUUUGAUUAGUGAGGCUUCUGUGUGUGUGUGUGUGUGUGUGUGUGUGUGUGUGUGUGUGUGUGUGUGUGUGUGUGUGUGCGUGCGUGCGUGCGUGCGUGGGCUCGUUUGACUCGUGAGUACUGUAAUGUAAUGUUAUAUUAUUAUGAGGAGAAUAAAUAAAUGAUUUCUUUUGAAA